AGACGCUGACGUUUUUUGCUACGCUUUGAUCUCCGCACUGUGCAGGUAUAAUUAUUAAUUAUAUUAAUUCCAAUCUUUGCGGUAGUAUUGUAUAUGCUGUUUUUAGGUGGAGCGCUUAAUGGGUGUAGAAAAUUCAGCAUUACUGAAAAUCGCCAAGUGAUUGGGAUGUAUGUGCACAAAGUUCGCAUUCCGAGCUUGGUAGUUAUCACGUCGUGAUCAUUGUUUCUCCGCCGUAGUUCUAUUACGCUAUAUUUUUCUCAUGCGCCGCGUAUUAAGGAAUGUAAUAUGAAGUAUGUGAUCCAGGAAACGUAUACCCCUAUAGCGGCUUCCCAGCGUGCGACAGCAUCUGCAUGUUAAUGGUUCAUGACUUGUUACAGGCAUCUCUGGCGGCGACGUACAAGUUCAAGUUCACGUGGCACAAGUACACAAGGAUACAGCUAUCGAUCAUGCCUCUAUUGAAGAUAUGGAGUGCGGAUCACACAAUAAAAAAGAUGAUCACCGCUGAAACAAUGGCUGAUGUUAUCGAGAAAGCAGAGGAAUACGGGAUCUGCAACUCAUGCAGUGCAAAGGUGUUUCUUGUUGAUUGGACGGAACUUGACGAAACAGUAUUCCAAGAAGUUGUUGCUCAGCUACCAAUGGACCAGAGGAUUUUCAUUGUUGCAGAAAUUGUGCCACCUGCAAGUCCUCCUGUGCAAGACGUCCCAGAAUCAAACAGUACACCUGUACGAGAGCCAACCAGUGACAUCAACAUCCAUGUAUCGACAGAGAAGCUUCCCAAAGAUCUUCAGGGCGCAUUGAGUACAGCAGCAUCUCCUCUUCACCCUAAACAUCGAAGGGAACUAGUCCGUUGUGUUGUUGACCAAAUGCUAGCUGUGUGCUCUAGGCCAAGAAGAGAACUUAUUAGGAGUGUGGCUGAGGAAAUGGUCAAGGCAUACCCAGGCUCCUUGAAGAUAGGAGGCAUCAAUGGCUCCUUGCUUGGUCGUGGCUAUGACUCAUUGUUUCAACAACUGAGGCAGAGAGUAGAAAAUAUUCAUCGAGGCAAGCGAGGAAUCCAUCAUCGACUCCUGUGUCGACACAGAAGAGCGCAAAGAUGUCGUACGGCUGCAUGA